AUGCUCAUGAUGAUGGAGAGCGGAGCGAUGGGCGCGCACUCGGAAUUCGACGCUCUCUCGCACUCGCAGCCGUGCGCUUGGCCGCUCCUGGACGAGGCCACCCGGGGUCUGCAGGGUCUGGCCACGGUCAAGCUGGAGCCGCCGGACCACCUCAGCUACGACGUGCCCUCCUCGUGCAGUCGCGCCGAGCGGAAAGGCGGCGCGCCGGCAGACAUCAAGCCGCCCAUAGUGGCUUCGGCUCCGGCCACAGCAUCGUGCAUGUCCGCUGUGGCCGCGCUGGACGUGGCCGGUCAGCUGCGUAAAGCCAAGUCGUCCCGGCGGAACGCGUGGGGGAACCUGUCGUACGCGGACCUGAUCACACGCGCCAUUGAGAGCACUCCGGAGAAGAGGCUGACGCUCUCGCAGAUCUACGACUGGAUGGUGCGCUUUGUGCCGUAUUUCAAGGAUAAAGGAGACAGCAACAGUUCCGCCGGCUGGAAGAACUCUAUCCGACACAACCUAUCCCUGCACAGCCGCUUUAUCCGGGUUCAAAAUGAAGGCACGGGGAAGAGCUCCUGGUGGAUGCUGAACCCAGAAGGAGGCAAGAUGGGGAAGGGUCCCAGGAGACGAGCCGCUUCUAUGGACAACGGCGCCCGCUACCUGAAAACGAAAGGUCGAAUCAGCCGGAAAAGAGCUGGCGCCCUUGGCCUCGGUCGGGUCCCUAUUCACGGAGGAGGUGGACCGGCGAUGCAGGGGUCUCCGGAGCAUGGAAGCCCAGCGGGGAAGGGAGCAGUGGGCAUGGUGGGGGAGGAGUAUGAUACCUGGACAGACCUUCAUUCCCGGACCUCCUCUUCUGCUUCCACUCUCAGCAGCUGCCUGUCCCCAAUUUUGGCUGAAGCAGAGGCCGAUGAACCGGAAGAAGGCGGGCUGUCUUGUUCGGCAUCUCCAAGGCUGUACCCGAGUCCUACCAGCACGCGCUCGCCAGCUCUAGGCACUGGUGGGCACUGUCCCAACGUGGAACUGCCCCAACUGACAGACCUAACCGGGGCUAUUAAUUUAGAUGAGAGCAGCUACGCACAGUCGCAAAUGAAAUGCAACGGCUAUCCUUACGUGCCUGGGCCUAAAGCAGAAGGUUCCUACUGCGGGCCCAUGUACAAUCAGGGCUCUAUGGGGAUGCUCCGACACCACGCGCCCAUGGAGACCAUCCAAGAGAAUAAACCUGCGAGUUUCCAGAGUCAAAUGAGGGGUUACUCGGAAAACAAUGCACUGCAAAGUCUUCUCACGAGCUCUGCAUAUUGCAAGGACAGUCUAAUGACACAGGGGGUGAAUGGGGUUCAUAGGCAACACAAUCAGAGUCGCGGUCACAAUCAAGAUGGUGCUAGCAGUCUGCACAAUGGCCACAGCUCUCACGACCAGAGCCAUAAUCAGGGUCACAAAGCCAGCCUCGACUACAGCCACAAACCCCACCCUGCCCACGAGUACAUCCCGGGUCAAGAGCAUGGUAAAGUCAGUUCCAACCAUGACCACAACUCGAGGUCUGUCCCGAGCCACAUGCACAAUCAUGCCACACACAACCCCCUCACCCCUGUGCACAACGGGCCGCACCCCCAGGCUCUCUCCCCACGGGUGAGCUCUGACAUCCUGCAGCCCUACAGCCUCAAGUCCUCGAACCACUAUGCUCCCCGGCCGCACCUCGCCACCUCACCCAGCCUGCCGCCCAAUCCAGCCGGAGUUCUGGAUGUCCCCCAGGAUCCCUGUCGCCUGGCAUCUGCCCCUCAUCCACGGCACCAGUCGUACCAUCAGGGACUCACUGACUCCUGGCACGGUUACUAUCACAACAGCCACCAGUCGGGGAACAAUGGUUACCCAGGGCAACAACAACACAAUUCCCACAGCCGAAUGACAGCCAACCUGGAGAUGGAGAACGUUCCCAACAGCCUGGACUGUGACGUGGACUCCAUUUUGCUCAGUGACUUUAUGGACAGUGAAAACAUGGACUUUAACUUUGACGGUUCUCUGUCGCAGGGUGUUGGAAUGGGGAUGGGCAUGAGUUUGGGGGCAUUUGCGUGCCCACCCUCAAUGCACAGUAACCAGAGCUGGGUCCCAGGGUGA